AUGGGAUCAAACAGUACCAAGCCUUCAAGUCUCCCUCCCUUGGAGUCCACUCGAAUCCCCUUUUUACACGUUUUUGAAUGUCAAAGUUCGUCAGGCGAACUUUUAUCAUCCAAUUCAAUUCGGCAGGAUCGAAGGCACAGGAAAGUGAUAUCCGAUGUACAUCUGAAGAGCAAACGCGACGGGAUAUACGAAGUUGAGUUCCGUCCUCGUCGUCUCAAACCUCAGGAUGAAAUACCCCACGAAGAUGGAGAAACUGGACUUAAGAAUAACACGAGGAUCUUCCAGAGACAAGGUGGGAGAGACCAUGAGGGAUUGAAUGACUUUGCACCCUACCUGACCAAGUUGAUCGAAACCAUCCCGACUGAAGAUUUGAGAUCAGCCGAAUUGACAUGGUACGAUGAUCGCACUGGAUUAAUCGCAGAAUUAGAAUGGUGGAACCUCAAUCCUCGAACUAAGAGUAAAUCAAGUUGGAAAGGCACUAUCAAACCUUUUUCAGCCCUUGACAACACAGUGAAUCUUACACCGGGUGAUAUUUCGAUACCGUAUGAUAUAGGGAAUUUGGAUCUGGAUGAUCCUCAAGAGAUGAUAGAAUUCUCACAAAGAUCUCAUCGUCAUCAGUUAGAUGCGGAUCGAUCACUCCUUUUCAACUCUCGUCUCACUUCAAAGAACGCCAGAGGUACGGAGACACAAGGAUACGAAUUCGGUAUCAAACAAGAAUCACCGAUUGGACUGAUUUUUUGGGUAUCGAUAAGAGAACGAAAUUACCUAGGAGAUAUCAUUUAA